AUGGACAUUUAUUUUCUCUUAUGUGACUAUUUCUAUUGCGCGUUGAAAAAAUCAUGGGAACAUAAUGAAAUAAAAAACGAACCGAUGCUCAAGUAUAUAAAAAUCAUAGCUGGAAGUUUAGUAGGUAAGUUUGACACCAUUUUAUAUUCUAGAAUUUUCCAUUUAAUUUUUUUUUAUUUUGAAACCGAUUUUAGUAUAUUAUUCAACACAAAUUUGUUUAAUAUUAAUAGAAAUUUUACAUAGUUUAGUUGAUAAAACCGUUGAAGUACCUAUUAAUUACUUAUUUAUUAUUUAGGUAUCACCAGUUGGAUUUUGGUGUUGCUAAUUGAUGUGAUUAAAACUAAAAUCAUAGUGGACAGUUUUGCGAAAGAGCCGCUGUACAAAGGCACGUGGGACUGUGUGAAGAAAACGUAUGCGCAAGGCGGCGCGACGAUAAUUUUCAGAGGACUCGUGUUACUAUGCAUACGAACAUUUCCCGUCAAUAGUAUAGCGUUUCUAGUGUACGGAGUACUUAAGAACAUAUACAGUGAUGAUAGUAGUGGCGAAAAUGACAAGGGAACGAGCGAACCCACUAAAGACGAAAAAAUCAUAAAAAUCUCCGUGAAAUUAUAA